AAGGAAAGUGAAGAGGCAUAAACAUAACAAUGAACGAAUCAAAACAAAUUUGAGAAUUGUGUAUUCGAUUCCAAUAUAUUUAACUUCUGUUACAUUUCAGAAUUAUAAAUUUCAAGAUGUCUUCACAUCUUCCAGAAAUAAGAGUAUAUUCUCCUUCAGAUCGGGAAAAUAGCAGUGAUAAGUCAAAUGUAUUUAGUUGGCACACUCCAAAAUUCGAAGUGACAUCAUCUUAUCCUGCAAAAAAUGAAAAUCAGCAUUUACGUUUCUUUAAUACUAAUAAUAGAGGAGUUAACAUAUAUUUCAAAAGCGAAAAAGUCACUUCAGAUAUUUCCGAUUCCUUACAAACGAUGGGUCUUGUGAAAUGGGAGAAUACUUUCAAUAUGCGAUCCUACAAUUUGAAUAAUUUCCCCACAAGUACUACUAGUUACCGGACAGCUUAUAGAUCCCAAGCUGUUGCUAUGCAAAGGGCUCGGUUGGGAUUCAUUUCUGGAACUGCGAAAUCCCUUGAACUUUUGAGACAGAAUAUGCAGUCAUUCAUUAAUAAAGAGAUUGAUGAUAUUAUCCAAAAAUAUAUUGAAAAGUUUUUCAAACCUGGUAUAGAAAAUAUAAAGAUAAAUAAUGGUGAAAACUCAGUGUCUGACCAACAUCUCCAUUCUGUCUGCCGACAGAUUCUUGAAGAAGCAAAAAAGAUGUAUCAAAGCACUUCAAAUAGGGGUACUAGCCCUGCUGAUUUUGCUGAAAUUGAAAGUAGCUCUUCAAGUGAACAAAAACCUGCUAACAACAACAACUAUUUAAAAACUUUAUUGAAAAAAAGGAAGGAAUCGGAUACUGAUUCUGAGGCCAGUUUCAUUCCUGUUAAACCUAAAAAACGUAAAGGUCGACCACCCAAUGUUGCAUCUGGUCGAUCUACACCUUUAAAAUUCAAAAUUGAGCAAGUUAAACGGGAAGGUCCCAAAUGGGAUCCCAAUCGCUUGACUACUGAGACCCAAUUUGUUAUGGGUGCCAAAGCAAACAAAGCUUUAGGUCUCGGGGCUACAAGAGGAAGACUGUAUAUAAAACAUCCAGAAGUAUUUAAAUAUUCUGGGGAUCAAGAAGAUAAGCAAUGGCUCUAUGAUCACAAUCUUAUGCCAGCAACUGGAGGAAAAGCUUACAUGUUGCUGGUUGAAGAUAUUAAAGAACUUGCUGACUCAGAAGAAUACCGAAAUAAUCCUUCUCUCAUGAUGAAUGAAAUCAUUGGUUUUACAGUACCCGAGCAUAUGAUAUCCAAGAUGAAACAGGUUAUGCAGGAUAUGAGAACUGAUAUUCCUACUAAGAAGCGGGGUAGACCACCAGCAUCGAAUUCCGAUGCUAAUCAUGAUAUUAAGCUUGAAGAUUUUAAGCAGGAAUCAAGAACUGUAUCACCAACAGAUGAUCUUGAUCUGCUCGGUUCAGAUUUACGAUCUACUGAUCCCUCUCCAUUCAGUUUAGGAACUGGAUUUGAAGAUGUAAGUCCAGCCCAGCCUGAAAUUUCCCCUGCAGCAUCUGAUCUAAGCACGACUUUUGAUCCUCCAUUGUCAGCCCCAUUUGAUAUAGGUCCUACACCAUGAUUUUCAAUAAAAAGCAGAUAAGAAGGAAAUGUUACAAAAAUUUACUGUUGGGUCUUUUGAUUUAUUAAUUUCUAUAUCAUCUAAUUUAGCAAAAACCAUCUUUUUCUCUCUUUGUUCAGCCAGUUAAAUAUAUGUUACCAUCAAAAUACAAAAUCUAUUGCUUCAAAGAAAAAAUAUUUUUUUUAAACAAUGUUUUAAAUUAAUGGAUGAAACCAAUUAAAGUUUAAAAUAUGUUUGUAUUCUGCUAUCUUACUAGUUAAUUUAUAGAGUAAAGACUUAUAUGUCUACCAGUAGCCAAAUGAAUUAAAAUAUGAGAUGCAUCAAUCAGAGAAAAAAGAUCAUUGAUUCUAUUCUCUAUGUGUGCUCUUAUGUAACAUUAUUCAAUAACUGGUAGAUUGAUAAGAAUUUUAGCAAUGAAUUACUUGCUACAUUAAGGUUAAUUACAGAAAAUUUUCCUCAUAUCACACAAAAGUGGGCCAAUUACAUAUGAAAGUUCUGCCAUAUAAGAAUGCUACCUAAGGUGCUUUGAAGUUUCUUAUUAAUAGCAGAUAUCACAUUUUCCUUUUUCUCAUGAAUCUUUGUCUUAUAGACCUUGAUAGUUAACGAGGAAUAUGAACCACCCUGAUCUAUAUUUUGUUUAAUUAUUAACUACCAAUUAAUUUCUUAGGUAAUGUUAAUUAAGUCCCAUUAUUACAUUAAGCUGAAAUAAAGUUUCUUGUAUUAUAAUGUGCUGUAUUAUAUUAAGCUUACUUAAAUUUUCAGUGCUUGUUUAUUUGAUAAUUUUCAGAUUAUGCUAAGAUUGCCAAGCUCCCUUGUAGAUAGUGUAAUCAUUUUGGCAACAUAUUUCAGUUGCUUGGCAUUAAAGCCCUGGGGUGUAGAAAUAAAUAAGUAGCAAAUUUUCAGUUCUUGAAGUAUAUUGUGACAAAAGUGAAAGAUUUGAAUUUUUCUUAAGUGAACUUAAAGUGGAAGAUAAUAAGCAAUUUGUUUUCCCAUUGAUAUUUUCAUUAUUAUUAUGUUAAAUUAUUUAUCAUCAGCUAAUUAUUUUAACCACAGUUUAUUGAAUGCAUGGAUUUUUAAUGAAUUUUAUUCAUUAUUUUGUGGAAUUGUUAUGUAGUUUAUGAAAUAUUCGAUUUAUAUUUCUGUUUUAUAAUAUAUUUAUACAAUCUUGUUCAUUAUAUGAAUCUUUGUAAAAUUACUUGUGAUUUAUGCUCCCAAGGAUCUGUGAGUUAAAAAUACUUAAUAAGCAAAAUAAAUCAUUUUGAUGUAUUAAAUUGACAUCUUGUUUUAUAAUUAGGAGGGGAAAUUGUUUCUAUGAAACAAUUUAUUUACUAAGAAUAAUGACCGACUGAUUAUCUAAAUUUCAAUUGUAUUUAUUCCAGAUAUUUAAGUUUUUGCUAAAAUUAUGUGUUCCAGUUAGACGUAGAUGAAUCUUUUUUCUUUCUUGUUAUUUUCCAUUAUUAUGUCUUAAUUACAUAACAUGUAUUUUAAUUAUGAUUUAUUUAUUUUAGCAUCCUUUAGACUAUACUUACAACAUAAAAAGUUAUCCUAUUUUACAUUUUUCACAUAUAUUUUAACAUCUAACUAAAAAAAAAAAAUCUAUGAAUUAUUGAUUCUGUUGAAGCAUUGUUUUAUGUACAUAUAAUAAAUUAUUUCUUUAUUAAAUAAAGAUUCCUGUAAAUUUAAGAUUGAGAUAAUUUUAAAAAUUGCUGUUUUUUAUAUAAUGAUCAUGAAAAUUAUUUUGAAGAAGUUGUUAGAAGUUGUUUUAUUAAAAUCAAAAAGUGAAUUUUCAAAAAAACGUGGAGCUGAGCACUUUAAACUUUUAUGUUUUGUGAUCCUAUUUUAGCUGCAAAAAUAUUUUGCCACUUCAUCUGUGAAUGAAAAAUUAAUUUUUGAUCUAGACUGAAUAUUCAAAUUGGAACCAAAAUGAAUUAUUAAUUAAUGAUUAACAUAAAAUGAAUCUUUUAUUUAUUUAUAAUAAAUUUCUUCAGAUGUUUUACUCUUAAGAUGGUAUUUGAAUUAUUUUCAUUUUCUUGCAAUAAAAAAAUUGAUCAAAGUAUUUGUUAUUGAGAUUUCUACAUUUUAAAUAUUUAUUUACUCGACAACAUUGGACCUGGGCAUGUAAUUUAUAUAUAUAUAUUCUUCAUUAUCUUUAGUAUUGAUAAAGAGGAGAGGUGAAUUUUACUAACGUUCCAACGUAUUUAUUAGCUUUUAACACCAACACUUUUAACCACCUAUUAGUGAGUUUUAUCAAAAUAUUAUAUAUUAAGUGCAUGAUUAUUUCCUCCAUGACAUUGAGAAUUCCCUCCUGUUAUUGCAUUUUAAUAUAUCAUUGAUAUUUGAUGUUUAUUGUAUAUAUUGUUUCAUUGUAAAAGUUUGUUAGUUAUAGGAUUAUUUAUUUUGUAUGUAUAUUUUUCCUUGCUGUCAUGUGAAGCACUUUAGAUUAUUAGAAUGAAUGCCAUCAAUUUC